AUGACGGAGACCACCAAGACGCACGUUAUCCUGCUGGCCUGCGGCAGCUUCAACCCCAUCACCAAGGGCCACAUCCAGAUGUUCGAGAGAGCCCGUGACUACCUGCACAAGACGGGGCGGUUCAUCGUCAUUGGUGGGAUUGUCUCGCCUGUACACGACUCCUAUGGCAAGACGGGCCUUGUCUCGAGCCGCCACCGCCUGACCAUGUGCCAGCUGGCYGUGCAGGCCUCCGACUGGAUCAGGGUGGACCCCUGGGAGUGCUACCAGGACACCUGGCAGACCACCUGCAGCGUGCUGGAGCACCACCGCGACCUCAUGAAAAGGGUGACGGGCUGCAUCCUUUCCAACGUGAAUACCCCCUCCAUGACGCCAGUGAUUGGACAGCCCCAGAACGAGUCUCCACAGCCCAUCUACCAGAACAACAACACUGUAUCCAACAAGCCCACCGCAGCAAAGAUCUUAGGGAAGGUGRGCGAAAGCCUGAGCCGUAUUUGCUGCGUGCGCCCGCCGAUGGAGCGCUUCACCUUUGUGGAUGAAAAUGCAAACUUGGGGACAGUGAUGAGAUACGAGGAGAUUGAGCUUCGCAUCCUACUGCUGUGCGGCAGCGACCUGCUGGAGUCCUUCUGCAUCCCUGGUCUCUGGAACGAGGCUGACAUGGAAGUGAUUGUUGGGGAGUUUGGGAUCGUGGUGGUGCCGCGGGAUGGAGCAGACCCUGAUCGGAUCAUGAACCAUUCCUCAAUACUCCGCAAAUACAAAAGUAACAUCCUGGUGGUGAAAGAUGACUCCAACCACCCCAUGUCGGUUGUCAGCUCAACCAAAAGCAGACUGGCGCUGCAGCAUGGGGAUGGACACGUUGUGGAUUACCUCUGCCAGCCUGUCAUUGACUACAUCCUCAAGAGCCAGCUCUACAUCAACGCCUCUGGUUAAGAGCCAGUGGCCUUGCAGCGAGACAGCCCUGUUGUCCCACUUCCCUUCAGCUCUCCAUCACAUUUCUCUCUCUCUCCAUCUCUCUCUGUCUCACAGCCUCCUGCCUGUGUCUGCCCCUCACUCCUGGCGCCAAUGCUCCGUACUGCAGGAAUGUCCAGGGAACUGCAGCAGGACCCGAGGGGGAAACGAUUUGGUCUCUUCUACAGGGUUCUGCCCUUGCCCUCAUACCCCAAGAGGGCRGGAGCAGUAAGAUAGAGAUGCACUUACUCAAUGUGCUACAGCGAAGGCAGCUCUAGCACCUGCCCUCAUGGCAUAGCCCUGGGAAAUAGGCCCCAGCAUGCUCAGGAGAGGAGGUGGCUUCUUCUGCAUCAUCUUAUAGCACAUCAGCUCAGUAGAUCUAGCUGGACCUUUUUACCAAUAGUUUUAGUGUGAGUCCCUUUGGCCUCUAAACCAACUGUGUUUGGUAGUGGGCAGGUCUACCCUAAUUCGCUCAGCAGCCCCUUGGCUGACAGACCUCCUUAGCCAGCAGCAGGACAAAUUGGUUACUGAAAUCCUCCUGGCUCCUCCAAAAAAUCAAAGAGAUUGUGUUUCUAGAGGAGAAUAGAGACCUUAGGAAGCUUUUCUGCCAAAGAGAGGUAUUUACUGGGCAGGAAGGCCRUGUCUCAUCAUUACUUGGCUGCAAAUGAACCCAACAUGUCCCCUAGACAAGCAGAACUGGGGUGAUGCUCCAACCACCUUCCCUCCUCCCAGCCAAAGGAGCAGYUCACAGCACUUUAAAAGGGAUCUGCUAUUACUUAGGCCAAGAAUGAAAGGAAAAAAUAGGUGAAAAAACAACGGGGGAUCCAAAGCCACUGCCUGAAUUGUGCCCGAGCCCGUAAGUGUUGUAAAGGCUGGGCCCAGCCUGUGAGAUYGCCCUAUGGCAAGGGAUGCUGCGGGCACACUGGUGAUAAUCUCCAGUUCAGUCCAUUUCACUUCUGCACCAUAGGCUGCUCCAGCAGCAGACACCUAUUGCCGAGGUGUGCCUGGGGGAAAGGGAGGCAGGUUACAGAGAUAACUCAGCCCUGACUGAAGAAAGUCACAGGGAUGUGGCUGUGGCUGGAGCUCAAUGAACAUGCUGCCUUCUGGGCGCUGGGCAGGUAGAACGCAGAGCUCAGGAGAAGACCAGGGAGCUCAUCAGCAGCUCCAAAAGACACCAGAUGCUCCACUCUAAUUCCAUCCCAGGAAAGAUCUCUUAGCAUCUUCUUCUAGCCUCCAGCUCGUCAUUUUACCUGUCAGUUUCCCCCCUUUCCCUUCCUUCCUCCCAUCUUCCACCUUGAAGAGCUUAUUAAAUGCAUGCUAUUUUCCUCCUCCCAAAUUGGCUUUGGAUACCUCAGACCUCCCUUAGGACAAACCAACCUUCUGCUUUCUUGUCUAUAACCCACGGGCUCAAAAGCCAGGAAAGGAGCCUAGUGGAGAAGUUUGUAUGGAAGCUAAGGCAGGUAUCAUGGAGUAGCAGAAACUGUUCCAAGUCCUGCAUGGCCAAGGGUUACUGUUAUCCUCUGUCUCUAGAGCACAAGGGCCUACAGUCCUUGCUUAUCCUGUCAAUGUAGCCUCUUUGGAAGAUCAUAACAGAAAGAAGGAAGGUUCAGUCCUGCUAUACUCCUCACCUUUCCCUACCCCUUUGCUCCAUCUAASCUUUUAUCACCUUAGGAUUAGUCCUGGUGUCUAUUUCUUUGACACCUGCACGUUCCUAAUAAACUUGGGCUAAMUAGGCUCUGCGGAGCCCCAUCAAAGCCCUGGCCCAAGAACAAAUGUAGUCCACAUUGGCUUUGUGGCUUUCCCAGUGAAGGGCUGCCCGUGGACUCAACAAGAGACAGUGCUACACUUGCACACCUGAAGGCCAAGUGUCUUCCAGGGCAUCUCYGGAGAAGAGGUCAGAUUACAUUAGAUUUUUUAUUUAUUCCCCUAAUGCAAGUGUCAAAAAAUGCUGUAGCAGAAGCUUUGAGGACCCCUGCUGUAUGCAGCUACCCUGCAUGCUGUGCAUUUGUCACGGCCGCCCUGGCAUCGGCUGCUGGCAUCUCCAACAGCAAAURUGACUUCAGGCAAGGCAGCCCAGCCUGCACGCAUGAGCUCCUUGCAGYGUGCAGGGCUUUACAAGCAGUAGCUAAUGGCUCCUCAGAGGAGGGCAGUGCUGCUGCCCAGAAGGGAAAGUGCAAGACAUAGCACUGAGGGGAUUGCCCAAAGGAAAGCAUUUGACUUGCUACCAAGCAGAGCCCAUUGCUGCUCCUUAGAGGAAGGCCAGGGCUUUUCUUAAAUGCUGUUCACAGCCUUUCGUGGCUGGGGAUUUCCUUACACAUCAAGAAGCCAGUCCAGAAACUGUUGUGGUCAUUUCACAAAUGGCAAGUUUGGCAGCUUGCCCAAACUGAAGUCCACAGUCCAGCUCUGGUAUCUCCCAACAGCUGUAUAUAUAUCCAGAAAGGUGAGGAAAUACAGAGAUAUCAAACCAGACAGGGUGGGGAGUGUGUGCAGUAAUAAGUGUAUGAGAACAUCUCUUCUCUAGGGAUGUCUUCAGUGAGUUCAAGCUGCUAACAAACAUCCCACUGAACUCCUAAACUAACACAGUGGGCAGGUGUUCACAGUGGGACAACAUCUUAACAUAUAUAAGCUAGUAGCUAGACUCCUCUAAAUCAGUACUUCUUACUGUCCUGUGUAUUCAGUUUUUCAGUCUUUCCUCUCCAUCUCAACACAGAAGUUAUCUCAAACAGCAGCCUCAUCUCCUUGCCAGAAGUCACCCAUGUUUCUUAGCUCCAAGCUGGAGGAGAGAAAGCAAUGUUAGAAACCAUCCUCCAACACACCCAAAAGGAUUUUAAUCUUACAAAGGAAUGAAUCAUCUUUGAAGAGGGAGGAAGGAGCGUGGAUUUUAACCGAGGAAAAGACAAAAAAGGAUAAAAAGAUAUUAAAGAGGAAUGAAGAUAGUAUGUCUAAGAAUCUGAAAGAGCUCAGACCCCCCUCUCUCUCCCUGCCUCCCUCAGGUAAACGAGAUGGGACAUAUGGGAAGCCAGCUGGCUUUCAAUCUCAUCAUGUUUAGGACAGCAUGCCUUAGAGACAUAGCGUUGUGAUAUGGAUGAAUAUAUUCUGUCUUACUAGUCUUAUCUACACCUUCAUAUAUCUGCUCAGUAAAACUCACUGUACAGGGCGAGGAUGG